CCUCCUCCUCUCCUGUAACGGCGUGAAAUGAGAAGUGGCGCCGGAGUUUAAACAGGCGGCUAAAGGGGGUGGGCAGCCGGGGCACCGCACACACAGACAGACAGACAGACAGACAGACAGACCCGCAUCUCGCUGGAAUCAUUCACCAAAAAAAAAGAAGACAUAUCGAAUUUGUAAGAGGCGAUGGAUUCGGGCAUCAGGCGGCCGGGAAUCACUGCGUUUGCAAAAAUGACCAAAGUUCGCAGGAGGAGAGAGAUGAUUCUUUAUCAGAUUGGCGUUCCUUGCAGUAUUCUGUUCCUGGCCUGGUGCAUGUGUAGUCUGCUCUCUACACUAGAGCGAGAGCAACAGACUGGACAACAAGCCAUGCGGGACCUAAGGUGGUGGAACAGGAAGUUAAUGGCAGCCACGAAGGACAACGGUACCCAGACAAAGAACUGUACCGAGCCAGCUAUCCACGAAUUUCCAAGUGAUUUGUUUACCAAUAAGGAAAGGCAACAAGGAGGAGUAUUACUUCAUAUAACAGGAGCCAUGUAUAUGUUUUACGCACUGGCUAUAGUUUGUGAUGACUUCUUUGUUCCAGCCUUAGAAAAGAUAUGUGAGAGAUUACAUUUGAAUGAAGAUGUUGCCGGUGCCACCUUCAUGGCAGCUGGAAGCUCGGCACCAGAGCUGUUUGCUUCAGUCAUUGGUGUCUUUAUCACCCAUGGAGAUGUUGGAGUUGGAACUAUCGUUGGUUCUGCAGUGUUUAACAUCCUGUGUAUCAUUGGUGUCUGUGGAUUAUUUGCAGGGCAGAUUGUAUAUCUGACUCAGUGGUCUGUGUUCAGGGAUUCGCUGUACUAUACUUGGUCAGUUAUCAUGCUUAUUGUGUUCAUGUAUGAUGAGAGAAUUGAUUGGUGGGAAGGCCUUAUCCUGAUCCUGAUGUAUGCUGGUUAUAUAGUUGUGAUGAAGUUCAAUACCCAGUUGCAGAAUUUCUUUGUGAGCAAACUGAUGAAGGAUGUGGCAAAUGGCAAUGUGAUCGGUAAUGAGAUGGAGGAUGUCCAGUCUGCCAAUGGUGUGGACAAGGAGAUCUGUGCAGCAGAAAAAUGUGAUGGGAUUGAAAACGGAAAUGUCCCUCUGGACAUCAAUGCAAAAGAAGAUGAUCACAAGGAUGAAAAUGAACCAGAGCUCACAUCGCCAUUUUCUCCACCAGGGGGUUGUUUGAAUAAGGUGAAGUGGCUGAGUUCGUGGCCGGUCCUUCUCGUGCUAUUCUUCACCGUCCCAAACUGUGCGAAACCUCGCUGGGAGAGGUUCUUCAUGGUAACCUUCUUCAUGUCCACCGUGUGGAUUGCUGUCUUCUCUUACUUAAUGGUUUGGAUGGUCACUGUCAUUGGGUUCACUCUUGGAAUUCCAGAUAUUAUCAUGGGGAUCACAUUUCUGGCAGCUGGAACGAGUGUUCCCGAUUGCAUGGCUAGCUUAAUAGUGGCCAGACAAGGAAUGGGUGACAUGGCAGUGUCCAACACGGUCGGAAGCAAUGUGUUCGACAUACUCGUUGGUUUAGGUCUUCCGUGGGGUCUGCAGACGAUGAUUAUUGACACUGGAUCCUUUGUCCGCAUCAACAGCAAAGGCCUCGUUUAUUCUGUUAUUCUUCUCUUAGGAUCUGUGGCACUCACGGUGGCUGGUAUUCAUGUGAAUGGAUGGAAAUUGGAUAAAAGGCUGGGUAUUUAUGUGCUGGUCCUCUACGCUGUUUUCUUGUGCUUCUCAAUCAUGAUAGAAUUUAAUGUGUUUACUUUUGUUAACUUGCCUAUGUGCAAAGUCAGCAUUUAAGCAUAUCUGAGCACCACAGGAUACCAUCAAAAAAUAACUGUCGUAAGCUGCUCUUGGAUCUUUCUUUGGUAUAUAAAGAAUGUUUUCUUUUGGCUAUUUUGAAAGUUAAAGCAGCUUUUAACACAGAGCCAGAACUAUUAUUUGACAAGAAGACUGCUGACUGAUUAUUGUACACUGAAGUCGCGCAAGGACCUCUCACUCCCUCCGAUGGAGCUUCGACGAAUUACGCCCAUGAUUUAGCAACGUGACUGCAACAACUGGAUGUUUUACAGCCUGUUUGUGCACACGAGUGCAAAAUUAUAACGUGUUAAACAGCAAGAGUGCUACAUAUCAGUCUUUUAGUUCAUGGGACUUCACCACAUAUACUAUAUGUGGGAAGCAAUUUGUUAGGCAGUCUUUUCUGACCUAAUUUUAAGUAGGGCCACGAUACAUGUUGAAGCCAAUGUCUGUUUAUGUUCAGAAACUUAAAAGAGUAUAUAUUGGAAUUGUGUGCAUAUGAACAAGAUAAUUUGUAUAUUCAGUCAAUGUAGCUUAAAUAAUGAAUGAAAUGCUAAACUUGUACAUUUUAAUAGGAAAGUAUAUAUGCUGACUUUAUGUUUGAACUUUGAUUCAUAGUAUUUUGACUAUGCUAUAGAAACAGUGCCCUCCAUAAUGUUUGGGACAAAGACCCAUCAUUUAUUUAUUUGCCUCUAAUCCAGAAUUUGAGAUUUGUAAUAGAAAAAAAUUACACGUGGUUAAAGUACACAUUGUCAGAUUUUAAUUAAGGCCAUUUUUAUACAUUUUGGUUUCACCAUGUAGAAAUUACAGCAGUGUUUAUACAUAGUCUCCCCAUUUCAGGGCGCCAUAAUGUUUGGGACACAGCGAUGUCAUGUAAAUGAAAGUAGUCAUGUUUAGUAUUUUGUUGCAUAUCCUUUGCAUGCAAUGACUGCUUGAAGUCUGCGAUUCAUGGACAUCACCAGUUGCUGGGUGUCUUCUCUGGUGAUGCUCUGCCAGGCCUGUAUUGCAGCCAUCUUUAGCUUAUGCUUGUUUUGGGGGUUAGUCCCCUUCAGUUUUCUCUUAAGCAUAUAAAAGGCAUGCUCAUUUGGGUUCAGAUCAGGUGAUUGACUUGGCCACUCAAGAAUUGACCAUUUUUUUUAGCUUUGAAAAACUCCUGUGUUGCUUUAGCAGUAUGUUUGGGAUCAUUGUCUUGCUGUAGAAUGAACCCCCGGCCAACAGGUUCUGAGGCAUUUGUAUGAACCUGAGCAGAUAGGAUGUGUCUAUAC